GACCGGCUUCCUGUGAGACGGAAUGGACUUCCCCCCAAGAUUGGGUAGCCGAGGUUAACUGAUGAUAUGGAUGAGGCCGUCAAGAAGUUGAAGAUGGACAUAAUUAAGCCCUUGAAAGAUUUUUUAACUCUUAAGGCGCUCUCCGAUGCCGGAAUAGGUAUCGCUCGUGUCCCAAGAUUAAACACUUGGUUAUUGUUAUCUUGAGGGACCGGGCGGUUCCGCUCCUGAGGUGGGCGCCCCCAAGAUUUGCACCGCCCAGUUCUAACAUGUUUAUUCUACCUUUCAAGACUUCCUCCCACCGAAGAACAAAUGGAGCAAGCUGAUCUCAUCGCUCAUCGGGAGGCUAAGGCUGUCAGGAAACAAGCCGCACUGGAGAAGGCCAGAGCCGCUCAGUCUUCGGAAGCCAAUUCUUCUGCGGCGUCCAAGGCUGACAGGCGCAUUGGGGAGGCUGAACAACAGCUCAUUGCAGUUGUGAUGGGGCAAAGCACGGAGGCCCCCAACACUGAAACCGGCCCGAUCAUUGAUGCGGAGUCGGUGGGUACUGCCCCUCUUGCUGGUGGGGAAAAGGCGAAGGGCAAGAAACCGAAAAGGAAACACACUGAGCCUUUUUGCCCCAAGGCCCCUGACACCUUACUGCUCCCCCCGUGUCGUCCGGUUUCUGAGGUCUGGAGAAAAGUGGCUCUCCAGACUGGGGUGGAAUUAUCGCCUCGUUCAUCAAUUGAGGCUGUCAUCCAUGCCCUUGCACUGACCCUCGAGAUCGGGCUGAGCCUGCUGCAGGCGGAGGCAACUCGGGAGCAGGAUGCUCUCGAGACCAAAAGGAGAGCUGAGGAGGCUCUGAGGGCAGCCCGUGAAGCAGCACAACAGAAAGAGGACGUUGCUAGGGCUGAGCAUCAGGCGGGUUCGGGUCGGGCGGGUGGGUGAACCCACGACCCUUUCGGGUUUCAGAUGUGUAAUAAGCCUAUCCUACCCUAUGUUUUUUUACUAUGAAUUUUUCGGGUUUUAUUGAAUUUCGGGUAGGGCGGGUUCGGUUCGGGUAUCGGGUUAUGUCG